GCAGUUCAAAGAGCUGUUCAGGUCUUCCUUCCUUCACUUCAAGCAGCAGCCACAUUAAUCUUGAUCGACAUGGAACUAUUGAAGAUGUGCUUGGUUUUGCUUCUACCACUUUCUGUGUGUUUUUACAGUGAAGUGACUCUUGUGAAGACAGUCGGGAAGGAAACAGAUGUUACUCCAUUAUGCACCAACGAAACACUUGACCAGAUAGUGUGUAAGAUGAGAACAGAGAGGAUGGGAGGAGAAGAGUGUCGUCUGCUGUAUCGACAUGGACACAACUUCAUAAAUGAAUGUGGCUCCAAGUUCAAACUUGUGACAAUAAAUCAGACUGUGUUUCUGCACCUGAGCAGUUUAACACCAGCAGAUGGAGGAAACUACACAUGUGAGUGUGUUAAUCUCAAUGGAACAUUUUUUUACCACCUCAACAUCACAGUGGAAGAAAAUGAAGAAGGCAGCAGUUUUACCGAAGACGCAUUUCCUCAUGUUUUUGUUGGUGUGACUGUGCUCAUUGUUGUAAUUUUGGUUAUUCUGGGAUUUAUCUACAGAAAACUACGCCUUCGAAAACGAGCAGAAUCCGUGAGCAUUCCUCCAGAUUGGGAGCUGCUGGACAUUGAGCCGUACAGCAUCUUCAGACAUACAGGAAGUGGACUUUAUUCAGUUGUCAAAGUGAAAACGAACGAGUCAACUAUAUUAACCACAGAAGACAUAAAUUUACCAUAAUUCAUGAUGUGUAGUUAAGCUAGCUGUCCACUAGGUGUCUCUGUAGUGUAGCAUUAAACUCCUGCAUUCUUUCCUGCAUUUUAAGUUUACCACUGAUCACUAGUUUGUAUGUAAUAACUGUCUGUCCAAACAAGCAAAAUAAAUUUAUAUAAAUAUAAGAUAAAUUACAGCAAAUACUAGUUAUUCUCCCUAUUGGUUUAUUUUAAAAUAUAUUUUCUUUUUAUUAUUUAUUAUCUUUUUUAAUGAGGAGGCAGGGCUUUUUGCUCUGGCGCUUCAUAUUUUUGCUUGUUUGCUUUGACAAAGUUGCAUCUAACAUAAAUGUCUGGAAGUGAUAAACUGUCACCACUUGUCUGUGUGUUAAUCCUAAAUGAGCAUUACGUGGCCUAAUAAAUAGCCCCUACAAAGGUUUACCCUAUUUUUUUAACACACUUGACAAAAGUAGGCUGAAAUAAAAUUCCCAUUUUGGAUGCACACUCAAGUAUAUAGAAUGUAAAAUACUUUUUUUUUGUCAACCUGCACCAACACGCAUGCAGGGCCCUCAAUGUUAAAUGUUAAAUGCUCCACUGAUCUCUAUUCUCGAUUAAAGAAGCUUCACUUUAAUCUCAAGUGACCACAGAAAUGCAGACUAAAGAUUUCUUCCUUGCUGUGCAGAGACUGUCUUGAGAUGUUGGUACUGUUGAUCAUUUUCUUCAGGACAGUCUUUCUGG